CAUAGAACACUUACGAACAAUCGCAUUGACUCGUCGCAGCUCCUUUAAUAAUGGCAUUGUUUGGGAAACCAUCCAUUGUACUGUUGCAAACUUUAUGAGAAGCCUUUCAUAUAGACAAGGCAGAAAACAUCCGACUGAGAGAAAGCCCUUCCUAUUACACCUUACGUACUAUUGAGUAUUUCAGACCAGUCCCCCGUGACGAUUAACUAAAUUUCAGGAUCACAGAUACUUUCACGACUAACGAUUUCGAAGAUAUCCUAAUUCAGAGGUAGGUUGAUAGAACUUUCUGGAUACCUAAAUUAGCUAGUGACCGGGGCCAAACAUUACGAUUCAACAUGUCUACCUCGGGACGCUACAUGGAUGAGGAUGUCAGGAUGGAUUUGAUUGUGGACUAUUUACGAGCAACUAACGGUGGGCAAUCGGCAAACAACAGCGAGCGUCGUUCAAGUAGCAACGAACAACGGACCUAUAGCACGUUUGCGACACGAAGGGAAGCGCCUUCGCCGUUUGUUGCGCCGAUAGAGGUAAUACACAAACCGGGUAUGGAUGCCAGAUAUCCACCGACUCCCAGUAAGUUCACCCUCCCUGCCAUCCCAAAGCCUAAGCGCGCUCCUCCUCCUCGUCCUACACUGCAGCGGGACCGGCCAAUCUUUGAGAGCCUUCCCCUCGAGGAAGAGGAGAGUAGCGGGAAGUGCGAUCGAACGGAAUUUUGGUACGAGCAAGGCAAGGAGUGGAACGUAAAGGGGGGGAAUCAAAAGCGGAAUGGGAAGAAAGACAUGGAUCGGAUGCAGACGGGACCGGAAUGCUUCACAUGCGGCAACAAGUUACGCCUCGAACAGCUCAUGUCCGAGGUCCCUUGCGAUAACUGCGGCUGUUUCAAUUAGUUGCCUUGGAUAAGCUGAGGCUCUAGAUGAUGCCUAAGCCCUAAGAAUUAUAUAUAGUCUCUUGUGGUUGAACUCAACCGCUUUCCGCUUUGCCUUGGGUUAGUUAAGGUAUCUCUAUCUACUAUCUAAAGCACCUAACCUAAUUUUUGUUCGUCUUAUUAAUAUAUACAUACCGCUUUCUAUACCUAUAUGACGCGCCUUAUGAAAUUCGACGUGCCAAAACUCGCUAUGUAAUGCCUCUUGUUUCUAUCAGACCCAUGCCUAUUCCUUAACCCGCUGGAAACCCAACUUGCUAUGCGACGUGUUCUUAUACCGCCAAAUUACUUUAAAAACAGGGAGGCGAUCG